CACUUUCAUAGAAUUCACAUGAGAAAUCUAGGGUGCUUUUCUGUCUGGUUAUCAACUCUGGCAAUGGGGCAGAAAGAAAAGGCGUCCUCCACUCAGACAUAGGGGUGUCCAGCUCAAGUAUUUACCUAAUCCGAGGUCCUCCAAUUUACUUGUUUCCUUGGUUCUUAGAACUGAUGAAGCAAAGGCAGAGAAUGAGGUCUAAGCCUAGUAAAGACGUGCUUCCACCGGCGGGUCCUAGAAGUCUUAGGGUAGAAGUAUACCUGUGAGAAUGGAGUUCUGGUCCUUUAAGAGUGCGUGCCAAGGGGCGGAGUCUAGGACGGAAGUUGUAAAUCAGGGCCGAAGUCCGGCUAAUGAAGGGCGGAAGUAGAGUGUUCAGGGUUGCAAUUAUGGCGCAGGAAGAGGAGGAUAUUCGGGAUUACAAUUUGACUGAAGAGCAGAAGGCAGUCAAGGCCAAGUAUCCUCCAGUCGUUCGGAAGUACGAAUAUUUGGAUCAUACAGCAGAUGUCCAGUUACAUGCAUGGGGAGAGACCCUGGAGGAAGCAUUUGAGCAAUGUGCAAUGGCCAUGUUUGGUUACAUGACAGAUACUGGGACUGUGGAGCCCCUCCAAACACUGGAAGUAGAAACCCAAGGAGAUGACCUACAGUCUCUUCUGUUUCACUUUUUGGAUGAGUGGCUUUAUAAGUUCAGUGCCGACGAGUUCUUCAUACCCCGGGAAGUAAAGGUACUUCAUAUCGAUCAAAGAAAUUUCAAAGUACGAUCAAUUGGGUGGGGAGAAGAAUUUUCAUUGUCCAAGCACCCUCAGGGAACUGAAGUCAAGGCAAUAACGUACUCAGCAAUGCAGGUCUAUAAUGAAGAGAAGCCAGAAGUUUUUGUGAUCAUUGACAUUUGAGAUACCAAACAAACAGCAAAACCCCCUCCUAUGAAGAACUGUUGGUUUUUUUUUUUUCUCUUCUUUUUAAGAAGAUACCAUGAUACAAAUUCUUCAGUAUCUGUUGAUAUAUAUGGAGAUUUGCAGAACAGAACUUUUUUUUUUUUGGAUGUUUAUUUAUUUUU